AUGAUUCGUGGCAAGUUGAAGCUGCUCAGUGGCGGCGGUGCCGGCGGUGGAGCCGUAGUGAGCACAUCUGUGGUCGAAAUCAAGAGCCUCGGCUCCACCGGAGGCGGUGGCGGCGGAGGCGGUCACCACGGCGGAGGCGGCGGCGGCUUCGGCGGUGGAGGAUUCGGAGGCGGCGGCUUCGGCGGAGGUGGACACCACGGUGGUGGUGGCGGCGGUGGCGGUGGCGGUGGCCAGGUCGUCGGAACGUACAAGGAGUUCUUCAGGUAG